GACCCCUCCCGCGCCUCCGCCCUCUCCUCAGCCCUCAAAUCCAUCCAACAGCGCAUCUCAACCGCCGCAAAAGGACGGAGCGUCCGCUUAGUAGCGGUCUCGAAACUCAAGCCCGCGAGCGAUAUCCUGGCGCUGUAUAACGAGGGGCAGCGGCAUUUCGGGGAGAAUUACGCGCAGGAACUGUUGGAGAAGGCGGCGGUGCUGCCAAGGGAUAUUAGGUGGCAUUUUAUUGGGGGGUUGCAGUCCAACAAAUGCAAACCCCUAACCUCCACCCUCCCAAACCUCUUCCUCGUCUCCUCAGUCGACUCCCCAAAGAAAGCCACCCAACUCGACAAAGGCCGUUCCGAACUCUCCCCCUCCCCCGACUCACCCCUCAACAUCCACAUCCAAAUCAACACCUCCAACGAAUCAUCGAAAUCAGGCGUCUCACCCGGCUUCGAAGCCACUGCACUCGCUAAACACAUCAUCGAUACUUGCCCAAAUCUCAAUCUGCUAGGCGUGAUGACGAUCGGCGCUAUUGCGAGGAGUCAAGAGGGCGGCGAGAAUGAGGAUUUUGCGACGUUGCUUAGGGAGAGGGAUAGGUUGGAGGAGGAAUUGGGGGAGGGGUGGAAGGGGAGGUUGGAGUGUAGUAUGGGGAUGAGUGGGGAUUUUGAGGAGGCGGUUAGGGGUGGGAGUGGGGAGGUUAGGGUGGGGAGUACGAUUUUUGGGGAGAGGCCGAGGAGGGAGGAUUUUGUUGUUAAGGGGGAGGUUGAGGGUGGGAAG